UAUUAAUAAAAAUAAAACAUCUUUUAUAUUUUCAGUGAUCAUAUUUAUUCCUCUGACAUCAAUACAACAUUUUCUUAAGUUGGAACCACUAAGUAACUGUCUUCUAGCUGAUAUUUGUAAUCACACUUGGAUCCCGGAGUGCGGACAAGACGAAACCACGAAGCAUUUGAGACUGUUCAUAGAUGAAUGCGACCUUUCCGAAUAUAACUGUGACUAUGAUAUGAAUUAUACAGUAGUCAACUACUCCGAAUGCUUUGGACCUGCUGCCCAUACCCAUACCUGUCCAACCGUGGGAAAGCUGUUUAGAAAGAUCAAGGGCUACCAUAUUUACCAAGUUAACAGAAGAAUGAUGCAUAUGCACAUGGGUAGUACUCCUGCCCUGGUUCCUAUAACUGAGAUAACCCCAAGGAGGACCAAAAUGAGGACGCAGCCGGGGAAAAGACGGUAUACACCUGAGAAGACGAAGAAGUUUAAAACUACGACUACAGAGUUGCCGCCUUGUAUGAGAGGGCUGACGGGGCACACGCAUGUCAUGCCACUACCUAACCCUAAGGAGCCGAGACGAUUUAUGCCACAACAAAUUACGCCUCGAAGAAUUACUCCCAAGAUUAUCAAAGCUUUGACUACACAGGUCUCUCGUACUUCUACUGUUGGGACAGUAGAGUUAAAUAGAGUAACAGUGUGGAAAAAUGGCAGAAAGAUGGUGAAGGUAGUCAAGGGUUUCCAGAAACCAAAGGCGACGUAG